AACCUAAUUUGCGUGUUCUCGCGAUAUUUUCGCACUGACCGGACUGACUGGACCUAAACAGGAACCGAGACAUGGCAUCAGUGUUCGGCGGAGUAGAAGGUGGAGGGAGCCACUCCAAGGCCAUUUUAGUGUCAGGAGAUGGGAAGGUCCUGGCAGAGACAGAGGGACCAUCCUCCAACCACUGGUUGGUGGGGGUGGAUAAAUGCAUUGAAACCAUCAAUGACAUGGUCCAGAGAGCCAAGGUGGAGGCAGGACUGGAUCCAAACACACCACUAUACUCACUGGGUAUGUCUCUGAGUGGAGGGGAGCAAAAGGAUGCCAUUGACAGACUUAUCGCUCUCAUGAAGGAACGCUUCCCCAGUCUCAGCCAGCACUACUUCAUCACUACUGACGCCAUUGGCGCCGUGGCAACCGCCAGCGAUCAUGGAGGUGUAGUAGUGAUAUCAGGGACCGGCUCUAACUGCAAGUUAGUCAAUCCUGAUGGCUCACACAUCGGCUGUGGAGGCUGGGGUCACAUGAUGGGUGAUGAAGGAUCGGGGUUCUGGAUUGCUCAUUUGGCGGUGAAGACGGUGUUUGAUGCCAAAGACAACCUGGUCACUCCCCCUCAUGACAUCACCCAUGUCAGAAAAGCCAUGGAGGAAUACUUCCAGGUGUCAGAUCUGAUGGGCAUGCUGCCGCACCUCUACAGAAACUUCCGGAAGUCACACUUUGCCGGUUUCUGCAAGAAACUAGCUGAAGGCGCGGAGGCCGGGGACGCUCUGUGUCGGUAUGUGUUCACUCAGGCAGGGAGAGCCCUGGCAAAACACAUCGAAGCAGUGUUACCCGCAGCACAAGAGCCUCUGCUGAGUGGCGACCUCGGCCUGCCCAUCCUGUGUGAGGGUUUAGUGUGGAGGAGCUGGGAUUUUUUGAAGCCAGGGUUCACUGAGGUCCUAGAUAAAUUGGCAUCAUCUGACAAGUUCAAGGGCCGUUUCCGUGGCUACAACCUCCUGAUCUUGCGGCAGUCUUCGGCCCUCGGCGGCGCCAGUCUUGGGGCUCAGAGUGUAGGCACCAAGAUAACUAUGGACUACGCAGCCAACACCAAUGUCUUCUACCAGCACACUUUCAACAGCAGCAGCCAAUGAGAAUACCGUGUACUGGCCAGUAUGUAAUUACUAUUAUCAUUGCUAAUAAUGCUUAUCAUAAUGAUAAUGAUAAUGAUUGAUUGAGUGGUCGAAAAUAUUCCAGAUUGUGGUGGUUUAACAGCUGUUAUUCUGAAAAUGGAACUAUUACUUUCAUUUGACUGUCAUUCCAAAUCUUUGCACCUUUGUAACACUUGUUUACAUUUGACAUUUCUAAUAAAAAUACUGCUAAUUUGCCAGAAAACUAA